CUACUGCUGAGCCGAUCGCUUUCCUACGUCACGCUCUCGUUUGUCCUUCGCUGCCUAGACAUGAGCGGCUUGGGAGUCAGAAUUAGAAGUUUCUGCAGCCAGACACUUUAUAACGCGUAUCUCGACGGGACACCUGUGCUCACGUCUCGGCUGACCACUAUCGCUCAGGGCAGUCUCCACCGCCUAUCUUGCAACUACCUCGAGAUCUCCGCCGUUCGUUUACCCAUGGACAAGUUCCACGUGUCGAGAUCUAGACCGUGUGCGAAUUUCGUCCCAGCUACUCCAGGGGGGGCUACGAAUGCAUUUUCUAUAAAUGCGUUUCCCGAGCUUCGCGCCAUCGGAACCAGGAGCAGCAGCAGCAUCAGUGCUUCAAUCACCAGUUUUGAGGCGCCUCAAAACAAGCUUCGCAGCAUUAAAACUACUGUCAGCGGUAUGAGCAGCAACAAAGUCGGGGUUGGAGGGCUCCGCAACACCUUACAGAGAUCCCAUGCUGCUGGACUUGUUGCCCUUAAAAGCAGAAUCGAUACUAGUUAUCGAGGCAGGAGUGCCAGCCAAAGCCACAGGAGCUACAGUGUGAGCAGUGCUGGCAGUGGUAGCAGCAGUAACAGCGGUAGCAGCAGUAACAGCCGUAGCAGUGGUAGCAUCGAUAGCAGCGGUAGCAGGGGCUAUGUUAGCAGCAGAAGCAGCAGCGGUUCUGGUUUGGAGGAGAGUGAGAGGAGGGAGAGGCUAGUCUCUAGCAGCAAUACUGACGCUGGCAGGACCAUCCGUACUAACGCUGGCAGCAGCAGCAGCAGCAGCAGCAGCAGAAGUGCUGGGAGGUACAGAAGCGCCAUUGAAGGAGCUACAGUAACCAACAUUUUCCACUUCAAUCCAACCUUCGCCGCUCAGUUCGCCUGUGACCGUUACCGCGUCACCUGGCCUGCUCACUUGACCUCCUCGGACCAAUCCAAGCUGGGGAACAAGCUCGCCUACCGCCUAACUUCAGCUCUCAGCGUCCCGUUUGUGUACGUCAACUCUCAUCACGCACUAGUGUGCCUCCGUAACGAGGGGGGUCAUGAGCACUUAACCGAGAGCCAGCAGCUCUUAAGUAAGAGCCAGCAGCAAUUUAGUGAGAGCCACUUAAUGGCCGAGCUGACUCCCGAGUUACAGGGAGUCCUGGAUGGGGUGAAGUACCUAGGACGGUCAUGGGAGACGCGGAGUGUGUCUGGUGCUGCAGCAGAUGUAACUGCAGCUCCAGCAGAUGUAACUGCAGCUCCAGCAGAUGUAACUGCAGCUCCAGCAGAUGUAACUGCAGCUAUAGCAGAUGUAACUGCAGCUACAGCAGAUGUAACUGCAGCUCCAGCAGAUGUAACUGCAGCUACAGCAGAUGUAACUGCAGCUGCAGCAGAUGUGACUGCAGCUCCAGCAGAUGUAACUGCAGCUCCAGCAGAUGUAACUGCAGCUCCAGCAGAUGUAACUGGAGCUCCAGCAGAUGUAACUGCAGCUACAGCAGAUGUAACUGCAGCUACAGCAGAUGUAACUGGAGCUGUAGCUGGCAAUGGGGCUGAUGCAGCAGCAGGGACUGGUGAUUGCCCCAAUGAGGGCACUGUGCUGCCGCAACAGGAGCCUGCUGACUGGGUGGUGACCAGUGAUGACGUGGCGAGGCUGCUGUGCUGCCAGGUGGAAUUGGAGCAACAAUUAGCUGAUUUGGAAGGGAGUAGUAGCAGCGGCAGGAGCAGCAUUAACAGCAGCGGCAGCAGAGGCAACAGUGGCAACAGCAGCAGCAGCAACGGCAGCGGCAGCAGCGGCAGCGGCAGCGGCAGCGGUGGCGGCGUCAGCGGGAGGAGCAGCAGGGAUGUCACUAAAUUUCUGAAGCCAGUUCCUUCCCUCUCUCCGGUUUCUCUUUUCGGGCAGCCCGGUUUGGUUAUAGACAUCAAGAGCAAGCGCGGAAUCCCCUUGAAAGGCAUCCUCGCUACAAGCUCACCCAGUAAGCUGCUCGGCGCCCUUGUGAAAACACCCUUUCGGUCCAAGGCUGCUAUGAUAACGGAGUGGGAGGAGCUGGGCCCAAAAACAGAGCAGCUUUAUCAGUGGCUUAUGCAGGUUACCUCUACUCAAGAGAUCCGGGAAAGGUUUGAAAAAGCGGACCCGUCGACGGUUCUUUUCAUUGUGGACGGUUUUCACUGGCUGCCCGAUUAUCUGGAGCUCGUCAUCUGCCCGGAAAACGAGAAAUUUCUGAGAGAUUUGGGUUUUGAUGUCAGCAGCAUUGGUGCGGUCAGCUCCACAGCUCGGCUGCUUCCUGAAGCCCGAUUCGCCGAGAUUCAAGAGAUUUCCUCCUCAUUGGCCCUCAGAGAUUUCGUCUGCCCGGAGCCGGUGUCCGGGCCAUUUCUCAAGGUGGACUUGAGCAGGCAGAAGAAAGAAGUGGGGAAAAGGUUUUUGCUGCCCGUAGACGAGCCUGUUACAGCCAUUCGGAAAGCCAUUCACCAGUUUGGGAUGUACCAAAGCCCAGAAAAACCCCUUCAAAUUGGUCUAUUGUAUGUGUCUCCCCCGGGUAAUUCACCCGCCUUAUAUGCUGACUCGGAGCCGUUUAUAAUGGAGAUGAUGGCCCAGCUGCGGAAACUGGGAGUGGCGAGUGCGGAGAGAACCAAAAUGCGCAAGAUAGUAUGGGGGCCGGUGGGGACUGUGGGGAGUUUGGAGGAAAGAUUGGAGCCAUCUUCAGAGGAGGAGCUGAGGCAGUUUUUGGUUCAAGAGGUGCACGUCUUGAAAGGCAUUGGGGCGGAGUUUCUCGUUCUGGUGUCAGAUUUCGGGAAAGGGGAGUGGGAGGAGCACGCUACUGGGGUGGAUGAUGCAACUGAAGAUAUAGACAAUACCAACAGCACUGGUGGCAGCAGCAGCAGGAGUGGUGACAGCGGCGGGGGCGGGGGCGGGGCCAGGGGCAGGGGCAGCAGCAGCAGCAGCGACAGCAGCACAAGCAGCAGCAGAAGCAGCACAAGGAACAGCCCUUCGCCCGUCUUCUCUCCGCUUCCCAUCUCCCCCCUUCCCUCCCACAUGCUCACGCCCAACACCUUCGCGAUCGCAAGCGAUUCCCGCGCCUACUUCGCCUCCCUUCUCGCAGCCGCGGUGGAGCGAAUCGCAGCAAAGGCAGGGGCGCUGCCCUACGUGCUCACGCCAGGGUUCGGCAAGGACACCGAUUGUAUCAUUGGCAUUGCAACGAAAGGGAGUUUGCCCGCCGCCUAUGUGCCCCCCUCCCUUGGGUCCUUGAAAGCGGAGACCGAUGUGUCCUUAGAAGCCGGGUCUAACACCGAUGUGCCUCUAGGGAGUGGGACCACUCAUUCUCCAGGCAUCAGAUUAAACGUGGAUGAGCCCGCCAUCUCAUCCAACGUGGACGAGCCAGCUGUCAUCUCUAUCUUCGGCCCGAGGGGGGAGAUGCGGAGGGCCGUUCCCGUCCCUUGUCCUGUAGCGGGGGAGGGUCUACCUGACGAGGCGCUCGAAAGGGCGAUGAGUGAAGAGGACGUGAGGGGAAGGAGGGUGGUGGUGAUGCGGCACGGGGCGUUCCAGGGGAGCGAGAUAGGGUGCAUCCAGAAUGUGCUGGAGAGGGUCGGUGCCCGGGGGACGUUUGUGGAGGUGGGGGAGCGAGGGAGGUGCCGGCUGUUCUGUGCCGCAACAGAGAACUCAAACUGGGGGCGUUUGGAUGCAACUCAAAGGGAAGGGGAAUUUUCCGAUAGGCACUUGUCUGCUAUUGGGUCGGUGGCAGCAGCAGGGGAAGACGCAUACUUUCCUCUCAGCUCCACCAGCGCAGCAUUGGUAGCUUCCACGAUAGCCAGGGGCAUGCCCCAGCCCCUCACGGUGGACGUACGGGUGAACGAUCUCGGGCUGUCCCUUCACGAGGUGGUUGAAAUCGUUGCUGGGAUGAGGAGAGUGCAGCAUGGGGGCCUGGGGAAAGCAAAACUGCCUGCAGGGGUGCAGUGGACGGACAAGAAGGCUGCCUUCUGAGGGAUUGCUAUAGGAUCCAGAGGGGCAUGCCCCAGCCCACUAUGAUCGCCAGAGGCAUUCUGCAGCCCCUCACAGUGGACGUACCGGUGAAUGAACUUGGGCUGACUCUAGACUAGAGCAGUGGUGAUGGUGGGUGGGAUGAGGCAGGUGCAGCAUGGGGGCCGGGGGCAGGCGAAACUGCCAGCAGGGGUGCAGAGGACGGGCCGAACGGCCUGUGGUGAGACAAUCAAUUCGCUCUUGAGAAUUCUCAAAAACAAAACACAUCCUAGCUGUGGUGAGACGGUGACUUCGCUCCAGCCUUAGCCCUGUUCUCUGGAACGGGUGGUGGCGAGGCGACGGUUGCUGGGCACAGCAUGCCAGCCCAGGGAAAGUGAAACUGCCAGCAGCGGUGCAGAGGACGGACAAGAGCAGCAUGUGGUGAAUCCAGGAUGAUAGAGACAGAAAUAAGGUACCGUGGUAUAGUGUGGCAGGUCUCAUUUGGGGUGA